UUAUUUAUAAAUAAUGAUUCAUGGUCCUAAUUCUUAAUUUUCUGGUGCUUUCACUUUAGGCAAAAGAUAUGAAUGUAAUAUAUUUUUUAAUUGUAGGUGCCAUAUAUUAAAGCAAUCCAAAUCCAGGGUAAAAUAUUUAAUCAUAUUAGACCUAAUCAUUAUUCUGUCAAUCCAUUAGAUAAGCCUACAGGAUAUAAAUUUUCUAAAUCUAAUAGAAAACCACUUUAUCAACCUAGUAUAGCUCCUGAUCCUGGGGUUUAUGAAAAUAAAAUUCAGGCAUUUAAUCGCAUAACUUUUUUAGGCAAUUUUACCUCAUACAUCUUCAGUUGUAUUUACUACAGCAAAAGAGGCUUCUCCAAGAGAUACUGAGAUUGGCCCAGGGUCAUAUAAUUUAUCUGAUUAAAAAAAAGCACCAGCAUUUACUUUUUAAAGUAGAUUUGAUUCUAUUGGAAAUGAAAUCAUGAAAACUCCAGGACCAGGAAAUUAUGAAAUUGAACAUCCUCAUACUAAUAGACCAAAAAAUAAAGGAUUUUCUACGAGUUAAAGAACAAAUAUGCUUUUAUCUAAUCAUCCAGGACCUGGUUCAUAUGAAUUAGAGAAGCCUAAAUUUUUAACAAAUAUUAAGUAAGUUAGAUGUUUUUAUUAAAAGAUUUCCAAAAUCAUAAAGAAACAUAAAUUGGAGUUAGAUUGGACCAGGUCCAGGAGCAUUUGAUUUAAAUUUACCUAAAAAUUAAGGUUUUACUUUUGGAUCCAAAACUAAUUAAUAAAUUGAUAGAUCAAAUGUUCCAGGACCAGGUAGUUAUAAUACAGNUUAUUUAAUUUAUAUGAAUAAUUUUUAUCUAAAGUGUUAGGUUAUUCUUUAGGAAUGGAGUAAUCUUAUGAAGUUUUAGAAUGUACUUUCAAAGUAUUAAUUUGAAAAAUGA